AGGCACUAACCUCCACCUCCGGAAGCUGCCUACAGGUAGUGGCCCUGGAUAUCUCACACGCCAGCGCCAGGCCACAGAACCAUGAGUCAGGACAACAAAGUGAAGACAAGAGAGUCUAACCCCCCUGCCCCGUCCAAGGCCAGGAAGUCGCUGCCUGUCCUGGACCCAUCCGGGGAUUACUACUACUGGUGGCUGAACACGAUGGUCUUCCCAGUGAUGUACAACCUCAUCAUCGUGGUGUGCAGGGCCUGCUUUCCUGACUUGCAGCACGGUUAUCUGGCGGCCUGGUUCGUGCUGGACUAUACAAGUGACCUGCUCUACCUACUGGACAUAGUGGUGCGCUUCCACACGGGAUUCUUGGAACAGGGCAUCCUGGUGGUGGACAAGAGUAGGAUCUCCAGCCGCUAUAUUCGCACAUGGAGCUUCAUGUUGGACCUGGCUUCCCUGGUGCCCACAGACUUGGCCUACUUGCGGCUGGGCCCGCACAUACCCAUGCUGAGGCUGAACCGUUUUCUGCGUAUGUCUCGCCUCUCUGAGGCCUUCGACCGCAUAGAGACCCGCACGGCUUACCCAAAUGCUUUUCGCAUUGCCAAAUUGAUGAUUUACAUUUUUGUAGUCAUCCAUUGGAACAGCUGUCUGUACUUUGCCCUGUCCAGGUACCUGGGCUUUGGGCGUGACGCAUGGGUGUACCCAGACCCUGUGCAGCCUGGCUUUGAACGCCUGCGGCGCCAGUACCUCUACAGCUUUUACUUCUCUACGCUGAUCCUGACUACUGUGGGUGACACACCACUACCAGACAGAGAGGAGGAGUACCUCUUCAUGGUAGGUGACUUCCUGCUGGCCGUCAUGGGCUUUGCCACCAUCAUGGGUAGCAUGAGCUCCGUUAUCUACAACAUGAACACUGCAGACGCAGCUUUCUACCCAGACCACGCGCUAGUCAAGAAGUACAUGAAACUGCAGCAUGUCAAUCAUCGGCUGGAGCGACGAGUUAUUGACUGGUACCAGCACCUGCAGAUCAACAAGAAGAUGACCAACGAGGUAGCCAUCUUACAGCACUUGCCGGAGCGGCUGCGGGCAGAAGUAGCUGUGUCCGUACACCUGUCCACUCUGAGUCGGGUGCAGAUCUUCCAGAACUGUGAGGCCAGCCUGCUGGAGGAGCUGGUGUUGAAGCUGCAGCCCCAGACCUACUCCCCAGGCGAGUAUGUCUGCCGCAAGGGAGACAUUGGCCGAGAGAUGUACAUCAUCCGUGAGGGUAAACUGGCUGUGGUGGCAGACGAUGGCGUCACACAGUAUGCCGUGCUUGGUGCAGGGCUCUACUUUGGGGAGAUCAGCAUCAUCAACAUCAAAGGGAACAUGUCUGGGAACCGUCGCACAGCCAACAUCAAGAGUCUGGGUUAUUCAGACCUGUUCUGUCUGAGCAAGGAGGACCUGCGGGAGGUGCUGAGCGAGUAUCCUCAGGCCCAGACCGUCAUGGAGGAGAAGGGCCGGGAGAUCCUGCUCAAGAUGAACAAGCUGGAUGUGAAUGCCGAGGCAGCUGAGAUCGCCCUGCAGGAGGCCACAGAGUCUCGGCUUCGAAGCCUGGACCAGCAGCUUGAUGACCUGCAGACCAAGUUCGCUCGCCUCCUGGCUGAGCUGGAGUCCAGCGCACUCAAAAUUGCUUACCGCGUAGAACGGCUGGAGUGGCAGACUCGUGAGUGGCCAAUGCCGGAGGGCCUGGCUGAUGCCGAUGAUGAGGGGGAGCCUGGGGAGGGGACUUCCCAGAGUGGGGAGGGAAGGGCUGGCCAAGAGGGACCCUCAGGCCUGGAGUAA